CCUUGGGAAGUCUUGGUCUCAAAUCUGCUCUCCAGAAGCGUCCUUUUGUUGGCUUUGUUUGGAGAGAAUUCUGAAGAGCCAAUAUGUAAAAGCGUUUGCUUCAAAAAACUGUUUACUGGAAUUUCUAGAGUGUACCAGUUUCAACGAUCGAGGCAAAGCACAAUUGUUCCAUAAUGCAUUCUUCGCAAACAUGAUAAUAAUGGCUGAUCUUCUAUUAGGCCGACAGCAAAAGAGGAUCACACAAAGCUGGCAAUUGGGGUACAAUUUGUAUUACCGUACUGUACUCAUCCGAGAGAUACCGUACCAAAUACCAAUCAUUCCCCACUGGCAGUACCGGUACCGGUACCUAAGAUAACUGUCUCACGUGGACCAAGAUCUGAAGACGAUGGUCACGUGGAACAAGGAGACUUUUUCCUUCACAAAUUUCAUUCCGGCUCUGCAGCUUUAAUCUUCGGGGUUCCGGAGGCUCACUUUUUGAGUUGCCCUCGUAUGAUUCGUCCGGUUGCAUUGCAGAUCCUAAUGGACUUUGAUUGGUACGAAGACCCCAUGUUCCUGUACUUUGAACAAGCAUGUACCGUGGCCAUCAACGCUGGCAUCGGAUCCGAAGCUUGGUGUUUGGCCCAGACCCCAGUAAGGCAAGCACAAAGGUACUAGUAUCCUUUGCUCUGAUGUCUCUUGUCUUUUUGAGACACCACUUUUUCUGGCCGCUGCAGCCAACGAUCGCCACCAGUUUCUUUGACAGGCUUUGAUGACAUUACGGUAUUCUUCUUCACAAUAAACGCGAAAGAAUCUGAAAAUGUCGGCAGUAGCUAAGGCCAAGAAUGCUGCUGUCAGUAGCAAGGACGUGAACUUUCCCAAGGAGGACGUCUCCUUUUCCUUCCUUCAAGCUCCUUCCUUGGACCUCCAUUUCGCGAGUACUCGCUCAAGCUUCUCAGAAGGCAUCAACAAGCCACCAGUAAAUCAAGACGAGAAAGCGCAGUCUUCGUUGCCUGAUCUGGCCUGCUACCAUGAACAGAAUCAACACUUUCUGGAGCACGGCGGAAUGCUACACAAAAUGACACUCGAGGAAACGGCAGAACGAGAGAGACAGAGGCUGACAAAGCAGCGACAGGAAAAGGACCGUGCUGAAUCGAAACCUAGCAACAUGAUGACUCCGGCUUUUGUCUUCAGGCUCAACAAGCCUCAUGCCGGAAAGCCAGUUAUUGCACCAUCAGCUGGCAACGUACCUCCGAGGAUGCGCCACUUGGAACCGAUUGGAGAUGACGACACUUGGAGCGAGGUUGUGUCGGUUUCCUCGUCGGGAUAUUGCUUGUCUGGCAGCAGAAACAACAGCUCGGUGGACUUUCGUGUUCUGGCUCGAGAGCCACAUUCAGAGCAGUCCAGUGGAAACUUCAACAACAGCAGUGGACAGGGUACCAAAGAUAAUCGUGAUGAUGAAAAGUACAUUUCCAGCGAGAGCUCGGUUGGUUCACCUGGCAAGAACAUUGAAAAGCUGACAAGGGAUCUUUGCAAGAGGUUUCCACAGCCGGAUCAACCGGCAGAACAACGAGAAGGUAGCGUGCAAUCCGAUGAUGCGGUCGUCCUGCUUCCUGAGUACCCUGAAGGGACCAUCGAGAAAAAAUCCAAGCACAGAAAGCCCAAGAAGAAGAAGUCCCAUCGCAGCAAGAAGGGCGAGGCCAGCUAUGAAAUUGACAUCAGGCAGGCGAAGCGCAUCGAGUUGAAAGCCAAGGAAUCCAAAAAGACCAAGAAAAAGUGGCGCGACGAAAAAGAGGAGAAGUACUUGCAACGGUACCUCACAGAAUUGGAGUGCGACCGCCAGAUGCUCAUGGCUGAAUGGCAGCAGGAGUACGACAAUGCCGGUGGCGUCAACGAGGAUUACAAUAGCUUUUUCUCGUCCGUGUACGCGUCUGAGAACUGCUGCAGGCAGUGUGUCGACCCGUUGAUCCAGUCUGUCAUGACGUUCCUCUCCUUCGCGGAGGUGUUCAUCAGCAACAUGCCCCUCACAGUGGGAGCAGUCGGCUUGAGCUGGGUGACCCAAGGCACCAUUUGGUUCAAAUUCAUGGAAGAAAAUAUUGACGCCUGCGUGCCUGCAAGAUACAACUCAGACAGGUGCACAUUUGGCGAGUUCCCAGGCUGCUUCGAAUGUGAUAGAUCAAAUCCAACCUACAUUGCAGCCCUCAGCUUUCACUAUUUUUGUCACUCGGUCGCUUUCACCUGCGUCCUAUUGUUCCUUUUGAAGGUGGUCUUGGCCUGGCGUGUCGUGGCAGAUGAACUCAGCAAUCCGGCAACUAGUUCUCCCAUGGGAAUUGUAUGCAUCACUGCUGAAUGUAUCUUUGCAGGAAUAUUUGGCAAGGUUGGGGAGAGCAUUGUUUUGGGAGUCUCAAUAUUUCACGUCUUGUUCUCCUUCUGGUUCCUCUACUCAGCAAUCUUCAAGUUCCGUCUCCUCCCAGAUCCUUCCUGGUAUCCAAACUGUAUUGGUCUUGCCUACGCAGCUGUGAAGAGCUGGCUGUAUUUCCCACGGGUCGGCAAAGCAUUCAUGGCGCUUUGCAUGUUUUACUUCUUUACCAUGUUCUUUGUCGGGAGCAUUCGAGUUGUGACGAACCAAAAGAUAGCUGCGCCCGUGUGUUUCAUUGGGUUGAGUGCCCCCAGCAUCACGAUGUAUGCGAUGACGAUCUUAGCCCAGCCUUCACGCCACCGAGAGGAGGUGAUUGAGGCGGACCCGAGCCUCAUGCAGCAUUUCGAACUAAUACAUCACGAUCUCUAUGUCCCUGUCAUGCAUGGGAUGAUGGUGUUUUCCCUGAUGGGCAUGGCCUCUGCUCUUCAUAGUCUGUGGACCAGAUGGCCAACAUUCAAGUACAAAGCGUUUUCACCAGCACACUUUGCAUUCAUCUUUCCAAUCCUCUCGCACACUAAUGCAGUACAGGCCUAUCGCUCUGGGGUUGACACCUUCGCCGGAAUCCCUAUUGGGUCACCGUUCAAGAUCGCAUUGUUCAACUACUGGUUCAUUUGUCUGAUUGCGGGGACAGUCGCCAACUUCAUUUUUACCACAAAGUAUGUUAGGAGACUACCCAAAUGGACGAAGAUUGAUGUCUCAGACGAGUACGAUCCUCCGACUUCACCCUCCCACACAGUCGUUCACGAAGUGAUGUAUGAAAGCGAUGCUCACGAAUCGGUUCUGUCCCAACACUUUGUGAGUCCAGCCGUGUUGCAGGCAAACGAAACAGGCUCUUUGGUGCGCCUGCAACGUGGUACAGAAGACUGGAAGAAGUUCGGGCCAUACGUGAGAACGAGGAAAGUCAUGUCAUAUGGCUUUGACUUGACAAUGACAGAUGCAGAGCUUCGACGGGAACGAGCUGAGUUACUCCACUGGGUGGCAGUGAAUGCGCCCCGAACAAGGAAUCGUACUCUUAGCCACAAUGAGGCCUUCCAAUCCCUCUUGUCAUCGGUUAUGGAGGAGGGAGACACCGGACGGCUUGUGCCAUACGGAUCACUUUCUGGCGGCAAUGCCAACGAAGAACGCGAAGGGUCGCCUCCCUUGAAUGGAGGAAAGCACUCUCGAUCUCAUACUUUUCAUCAUUUCUGAAUCCCCCACAACGAUGCGUAAUGCGUGUUCAUUGUAUUGGCGUUUAAUUGUGUCUAUUGGUUCUCAGUAAGUGUACAACUUUUUUCAUGCCCAGACUUGUGGUGCCCUUUUGAAUGCCGAGGAAGCACGUCGGCACCCUGGGUCUCAAUUUCUACUAUAGCAAGAUAGAAGCACGACUAUACUGCAUACGAUACACGCGUAGUCUUGGAGAUCGACUUAUUAGGCCGACUCUGGGAGUUCGGCUUCAUGCAUUGCUUUCUCGAUACAGGAGACCUCAAUUGCCUUGUGAGCACCAGUGGCGUCAGAAUCACCACGGCCCUGAGCGUACACGUCCAUGGAAGCGAACCUUGGACUUGCUGCACCACCUUGAACAAGAAAAUAGUACACACCCCAGAAGAUAAUCACCAGAAUCCCUAGACCUGCUCCAAACAGAGCCAGAUCACUCUUUGAGAAGAAAGCAGCAUAUUCCAACCAACCAGACAUCAUGGAGGAAGAGGCUUCCAGCAAAGUCAUAAGCGUGUACUCUACUGCAAGUACCCGGCCCAGCACUGACGGUUCACAAAGUGUUUGCAACAGCAGUGUUGAGUUGAUCCAGGCAAUCCCUGAGCCAAUGACACGGAUGAAGGAAAACACCAAAAACAUUGGAAAGGAGGGUGUCGUGGAUAUCAAGAGCCAUCCCAAAGUCAAGAAGCAGUAUCCAAUCCAACACGCACGUUGUAGGGUGUGCGGAUAUCUUGCAUCUGUAAUCAAGUUCACCAAUGCAGGUCCUACCAUGCAGCCAGCUCCAACCACAGAGAAAAGCAAACCCAUGUGCCAAGAGCUCAGCGCCUCAUCUUCACUGCCAUCUUCCCGAAAGACAGUACUGAACUCAGCUCCCACAACAUCUUCAAUACCCCAAACCAAGCUUGCACUGCACUUUUGAAAGACUAGCAGGCCAAAACCACACACAGAAAGAUACCUUGUCACUGUUGUGAAAGUUUGAACCAUGGCAGCAAGGAGAUUUGCAGAUUUAUCAGGGCAGCUGGCAUCAUUGUCAUCAUCCAGAUCCAGACUCGUUGGACUUGCUGAUGACUCCUUGCCCUUGUUGUGAACAGUGAAGUUUCCAGAGACUCCCCAAUACAUCCAUGCAGCGCUCACAAAGAAUGUAACACAGUCAAUGUAGUAGCAUGUCUGGAAUCCAAUCCGCGACAUGAGCCCUCCUGCCACCAAGCCACCCACAAUACUACAUGCGCUCCAGGCAAAACCGUUCAAGUUUACGGCCAACUGCAAGUCAUGUGGAUGGGGAAUCAAAAGUGGCACCAUACCCAUGGUUAAUGGAUAGUAUGUUGCACCCAGUGUUGAUCGUAGAAUGGUGACAGCAUAUAUAAGGUUCAAACUCUUGUAGUAAAUGGCCACAGGAUACCCCAGGACAACCACACCUGAAAGCAGAUCCAAGCAAAUCAUGCAAACUCUUCGAUCGAAUCUAUCUGCCAUGACACCACCAACUUGACUAAAGAUGGCUUUGGGCAACAAGACACUGAGAGACAAGUUUGCAAUGGUUUUUCCAGAGCUGCUAAACUCUUCCACAACCAAGAUACUGGCAAUCCGCACAAACCAGUCACCAAGAUUCUGACACACGUGUGAGACAAAGUAUGCCCGGUACAUGGGAUAGCGAACGAGCAACUGCAAGUAGGCACAGAUUCCAACUGCUACUCGAGUACUGGAUUCUUGUGGUUGCUCAUCAUAAUGUUGGAACUGAUCAGACUCUGUAGAAUCAUCAUUGGUGGACGAGGACACACGCUUAUAGGAUUGCCGCCUUGUUACUGGUGGAGGUGUAAUGUUAGAUGCCUUGUCAUUGUUGUAGCCACCUCUCGUU